UAUGAAAGAGUAAAUUAUAAUAAAACUACACUAGCAGAAAUUACUGAUGCAAUUGAAAAGAAUCAAGGUGAUCUGCAAUUUGACGAGCAUUCAGAUUCAGAUGUACAUCUUAAUAUUGGACUAAGUGGUGUACCU